CCAAGGUUAUGUCUGGUCCACAUUGCCGCAAUAAGAAAAGUAGAGCAAUCGGUUUUUCUCUGAUCUCCAACGAUUUCUGUCCGUAGCAGACAGAACGAUAGAUAAGAAGAAGUCAGAAAAAAAAAAAAAAAAUUGAAAGAGUUCAUUGAAGCAAAAAUGACGCUCAAAGUAUAUUCCGAUAGAAUGUCCCAACCAUCCCGUGCUAUUCUAAUCUUCUGCAAAGUAAAUGGGAUUGACUUCGAGGAAAUCAAAGUGGAUUUAUCCAAGCGCCAGCAUCAAACUCCCGAGUUCAAAGAAAUAAAUCCUUUGGGACAAGUUCCUGCUAUUGUUGACGGAAGAUUUAAGCUGUUUGAAAGUCAUGCAAUUCUCAUCUAUCUUGCUUGUGUAUAUCCUGGUGUCCCAGAUCACUGGUAUCCUGCUGAUCUAUUCAGGAGAGCUAAAAUUAAUUCAGUAUUGGAUUGGCAUCAUUCGAACUUACGUGUUGGUGCAGCAAAGUAUGUUUUAUACACUGUUCUUGGGCCUGCACUUGGCAUUCAGCCGAAUCCACAAGCAGCUGCUGAAGCAGAGAAAAUUCUUUCAUCCUCUUUGUCAAAACUAGAGACCAUUUGGCUCAAGGGGAAAGGCCAGUACUUGCUAGGUGGCCUUCAACCAUCCAUAGCAGAUCUAAGCCUGGUUUGUGAAAUUAUGCAACUUGAGGUAUUGGACGAAAAGGAUCGGAUUCGCAUACUCGGCCCUUACAAGAAAGUUCAGCAAUGGAUUGAGAGUACUAAAAGUGCAACAAGUCCUCAUUUUGAUGAAGUUCAUAAAAUUCUUUUCAAGGCCAAAGCAAGAUUCCAAGAGCGGCAGUCCAAGUUGCCAUCCAAAAUGUGAGAAUAACACACCAUGUUGUUGUCUUAAUAUACCUAUUAUAUGAUUCUAUCAGAAGACUUUGGCUAUUAUAUUCUACACUUAGUAUAGUAAGCUACCUACUUGUCUGCAAUAUAAUAUAUAAUAAUCAAAGAAAAGUAUUCUGUUACUUAAAUAGAAUGUAACUUUUAAUGCUGUUAAUGCAAUUUUCAAUUUGUUUUGCUCAAA